AUGGCAAAUACUGGCUGUUUAUCACCAGGUGCAUUUUUAUCAAAGGUUCCAGAAUUUUUCCAGACUGCGAAUGAAAAACAUAUAACUGUGCGUCUAACGGCCAAAAGACUCAUAGAACACGAUCCUGUGGAAGGGAAUCUUGAAUUUGAUUCUACCAACCAUCCUGACUAUGAUGUAUCUAAAAAGGCUUCUGAAAUUUCAGUUAGCUCAAGAUCUGACAGAGAAUACCCACUAUUAAUCAGAAUGUCUUAUGGCUCGCAUGACAAGAAAACAAAAUGCUCAACAGUGGUAAAAGCAAGUGAGUUAGAUCAAUUUUGGCAAGAGUAUUCAUCUGUAUUUAAGGGGGGCAUGCAGAAUUUGAUCAAGAAGAAGAAAAAGAAGAGUAAGAACGGUACCAUCAGUAAGACAGGAAAGAAAAACAAGGUAGCGAAGAAAAACUGA